AUGGCAGACUUGCUUCCUGUGGAGGUUCCGGAAGACUUUACUCGUAGCAGGAAUCGCAACCAUAAAGGGCAGCUGCGACCAAUACCUGAGGAAAUGCGAUUUACUUAUGGAACAGCUGGGUUUCGUCAAAAUGCUGAUUUACUUCCAUUUGUAGUUUUCCGAAUGGGAUAUCUUGCAGGCCUUCGAGCCAGGGAAUUAAACCAAACAAUCGGGCUAAUGAUAACUGCGUCUCAUAACCCCGCCAACGACAAUGGCGUCAAAAUUGUGGAUCCGAAGGGAGAGAUGCUUGCUGCAGAAUGGGAGAAAUAUGCGACAGAACUAGUGAAUGCAAGUGACAGCGAGCUGCCAACAGCAGUGCGAGCUCUAGAGGUGCAGGUGAGCUUUAUUAUUUUCUCAGCUGAACUCAGCAGAUUACCUUCUAUCAUUGUCGGAAGAAUUCGUGCACUCAGCUUCAUAAAAAAUUAAAA